AUGGACAUGCGUGAUAGCCUGCACUUUGCUCCUUCUUCAAUAUGGUUCCUAAGCAGGUGGGAACUCCAGAUCCAAUGGGAUCGCCAACAGAGGUCAAUAACCAUGUGGUCAAAGAUCUCUGUUGUGCGCGAAUUUGAUGACUGGCGCUGGUGGUUCGUGGACGGUUCGCAUUACAACACCGACUGCGUUGCAAUGGCCGAUCUGAAGGUUGAUCGAGGGAAGCGACGGCAAAGACGCUUAAAUCUCUGUCCAGACGCCAGAGACAGUCACUCAACUCUGGAUCGAGACAGGUCGUGUGCUCCGAUGCGCCGCCUCUGCUCACUCUCAAUAACAGUCUACAAUGCUCCGGAGUGA